CAGCCGGCCUGCGCUGGAGCCUGAGGCGUUUUUUUUUUCCUCCUCCUUUUUCGUCGUCCGGCGCGGCGGGACUUCUUCGCCUCAUGGCGGCCGGUUGAGGGCGGCCUAGGCCCGGCUCGGCUCGGCCUUUCCCUCGCGCUCAUGGCCGGCGAGGAGCCGCAGAAGUUCCUGGCGCCCGACGAGCCCGGCGCCGUCCUCCCGCCGCUGUCGCUGCCGCCGCUGCUGCGCCACCCGCCUCGCCUGGGCGACGAAGGCCCGGCCUGCCUGGACGUCAGCGAUUUCGGCUGCCACCUCUCCUCCUGCCACCGCACCGACCCGCUGCGCCGCCUCCAUGCCCACAGAUGGAACUUAACUUCUUGUGGCACAAGCGUAGCCAGCUCCGAAUGCAGCGAGGAGCUCUUCUCUUCGGUCUCUGUGGGCGACCAGGAUGAUUGUUUCUCUCUCUUGGAUGAUCAGGAGUUAACCUCUUUUGACCUCUUCCCUGAGGGGAGUGUCUGUAGCGAUGUCUCUUCCUCCAUUAGCACGUACUGGGACUGGUCAGACAGUGAAUUUGAAUGGCAGCUGCCUGGCAGUGACAUUGCAAGCGGGAGUGAUGUGCUGUCCGACAUCAUUCCCAGCAUCCCAAGCUCCCCUUGCCUGCUUCCAAAAAAGAAAAACAAACACCGGAAUCUUGAUGAACUUCCCUGGAGUGCAAUGACCAACGAUGAGCAGGUGGAAUAUAUUGAAUAUCUGAGUCGCAAAGUCAGUAUGGAAAUGGGUCUUCGAGAGCAGCUUGAUAUUAUCAAAAUUAUUGACCCGAUGGCUCAGAUUUCACCAACGGAUAAUGAAUUCAUUAUCGAACUGAACUGCCUCACGGAUGAAAAGCUGAAACAGGUCAGAAAUUACAUCAAGGAGCACGGUCCUCGACAGCGGUCUGCCAGGGAGACCUGGAAGCGGAGUAGCUACAGUGGGGGCAGUGCCAGCGGAGUGAGCGGCGUCAGCGCCAGCAGCAGCAGCGCCAGUAUGGUCAGCUCGGCCAGCAGCAGCAGUUCGAGCAUUGGGAACUCAGGUUCAAAUUCCAGCGCCAACCUGAGUCGGGCUCAUAGCGAGAAUAAUUUAUCGACAAGCGCUGCGGAACGCAUCCGGGAUUCAAAAAAACGCUCCAAGCAGCGCAAACUUCAGCAGAAGGCUCUGCGCAAGAGGCAGCUGAAAGAGCAGCGGCAGGCGCGGAAGGAAAGGCUGAGCGGCUUGUUCCUCAACGAAGAGGUCUUGUCGUUAAAAGUGACCGAAGAGGACCACGAAGGAGACGUGGACGUCUUGAUGUGAGACGGGAAUGUCGCGAUCGGUGUUCUUUCUAAGCCUUAAGCUUCACUCUCUUGUUUACAUACACUUGUACCAAAACGAGGAUUGAAUCAGGACUAGCUGUCCUCCUCCUCCUCCUCCUCCUCUUCCUCCUCAUCCCACCACUUAACCUGUGAUUGACUAGUCUGGGUUGUUCGGCUUUCUUUUUUUUUUUUCAAAAUCGUAAGAAAAUCAGGAAGACGUUCUUUAAAAAAAAAAAAUUACAUAGGCUGGAGUAUUUUGCUUUCAGAGCAACCCACUGGUUACAAAAAAGAAAAGAAAAGAAAGAAAGCUGCAUUUCUCUCUUUGAUUUCAUUAAAAUUACAGAAAGAAAACCCUUGGGUUUAAAUUGGAAAGUAUUUCCUUCUGUCUUCCCACGAUGUAAGUCUUAACGGUUAAAGGAAAAUAGUCUGCGAAAACAGGAAUACGCUUUUGCCAGGACCUCUUUUUUUCCUUCUUUGCCACUGCAGUUGUAUCAAAGCCUAAAACUCUAUAGCUUAGGUUCCCUGGAAUUACCACUUUAAUUUCAUUUAAUGUGGGAGUUUCAGAGCUGUGUGACUUAACACUGUGUGACAGGGGCGUUCUGGUCAUCCAGUUGGUGGUUUUAAACCUGUGUUUUUCUCCCUGUUUUCCACUGCAAAGCAAGCAAGUAUAUUUUGGAGUAGUCACAAUAAUCAUUUAUAUGUAGAGCCUGGUAAGGAAGGCAUUUUGUAGGUGAUCUGGUGUUUGGUAUCAAGCACUGGAGAACAAAUAAGAAAUACUUAUUGACAAAUACAUAUUUCCUUUCCCCCCCCCCAAUGUAUUAUAUUUCUGCCUCUGUUCCAAACCCCCAUAGUGUCUUGUGCCUUAAAAUUAAUUUGAUUUCUUUUUUUUUUCUCUCUUGUUGCUUAAUAUGGAAGUUUGGGGGGAAAAUGGCAAGAAGAAAGAAGAUCAAAGCACCCCAAAAUUCUUCAAAGCAUAAUUUAGCUCAUCCUGCUUUUUUUUUCUUGAAGAACCCCAAAGUGAGCCACCGUUGUACAUAAAAGAGAAUUUUUUAUAUUGGGGAAAAAACAACAACCACAUGUUACAAAGUCAGCUUGAAGGGCUGCAUUGCUCUUUAGUUAACAUUGAUAGCUAAUACUGAAGAAGUGCCACGAGAUGAAGAAACUGCUUAGGCAAAUGUGUUUGGAAGAAUAUUGCAAUAUUCUAUGAUGUUGCCUCGAAGUAAUUUAAGCUUCUAUUAUUUGUGCAAAAGGACUGAGAUGUAUUUCUUUCUCUGUUCCAAAUCCCCAUGGGGGGGAUUAAUACUUUGAUUUUAGAUGCACAUGCUUCCAGAGUCAAGCUGUGUAUUGCUUGCUUUCGGAUGGAAACACCGUUUUCUGUUUUAAACUAGCCAUUUUGUUCUUUCAUCUGAUUUAAAAUCUAGACGUGAUCAGACAAAACUGUAGUUUGCCUGUAGUUGACUCAUCCCAGCAUUUUAGAUAAUCUGUAAUUAAGAAAAAGAUUUAUUCCAGGUAUGCAUGAAGCAGUAAUCUUUGAUGACUGUAACAGAAUGUGAAACUUUUCUGGGGGGGGUUUCCCCUCCCCCUGUGGUUUACACAGGGGAACUAUUUAAAUUGUAUUUCAACAUUCUAGUUGAUCCAUAUUAGGGUAAUGUACGCAAUAUUGGAUAGAUGUCAAAUAUUUAUAGAUGUUUAAAAUUCACUAGAUUAUUUCUUCAAGCCAAAUUCCUCUUUGUUUCAAUUUUUAAUUCUGGAUUGUAGUUUUGGAGCAUAGUUACAUUUAGUUAUAAUCAUUGACUCUGCUCAAGAACAGGAAAAUUACUCUGAAGUACUGUAGCCAAAUCAUACUCUGUGAGUACUAAGGCGGAUUAAAAUGUUGUUGUAGCCCAAUACUCAGUGUUGUAAUAAACCUUGAAGAAGUGUGACCCCCUCUAUAUCUUCUAGUCCUUUAUUUCUAUAAUUACCCCAAAGUUUUCAAUUGCUUUAAUCCUGCCCUCCCCAGCUAAUUUUUCACCUCUGUGUGUGUGUGUGUUAAAAUAAUGAUUGUUUACAGUGACUCAUGUAUUGAUUCCUGGUUAACAUCUGCUAAGCUAGUUUUAAAAAUUCAAGACACUUUUGACUAAGCUGUGGUUUAAAGCCACAUGUUUUUGGUUUUUUCUUUCUUUUUUUUACAAAUUUAAAAGCAAUGUUAGACUAUAGAAAGGAGCUAUUUUGUAGCCCGUUGCCUGUGUUCUAUUUAUUGUAAGCUGUUUACAAGCUGCAUAAAUAUUUAAUAAAAUAACUUAAGAAUUGAGAGAACAAGUAAUCCACUUCUCUUGCAAAGCUUAGAAGGAGCACUGAAAACCUGAUUUUUUUUUUUAAAAAAAUGGCUGUUUUGUUAGCUGAAUGUAACUAUGAAAAACCUGUUUACAUUUUGUGUCUGCCUGUGCAUUCUUUUUCCCCACCCCCUACAAAUAUUCCAAUAAGCCAAGUAUUUGACUUUAAACAAAGGAGAAAAGUUUGUGUAAAAAAAAAAAAAGAUUGCCUAGAAUGCUUUGGUAGUUCCUAACAGCUGAAAUAUUUUCUUGAUCUAGAGUAAAGACUUUACUCAUU